ACAAGGUGCUGGUGGUCGCUGUGGUGGGGGGAGGCUGAGCUGAAGCUGCCUGCCUGCCUGCUCUGUGCUCACUUAGCGGGGACUCGAUGACUGAAGCCGGCCUCCGCCUGCCCCGUGCAGCCGCGGGCCAAGAGGAUGAACGCAGCGGCUGACGUCGUCCUCUUCGUCUCCUUUCGGCCUUUUGUCCUGCUGCGCCUCGACGGGAGCUCCGGCCUAUUACAGCUGCUUCAUCUUUGGCUAACGCCGCCGUCGCGAUGUGACGCGCGCGUCGCCUGCUGAACGUGCGCGCGCGCCAGCCCGCCAUCCAGAGCCACAAUGACGAGUAACGCGCAGGAAAUGUCGCCCGACUUCGUCCUCAUGCGCCUCGUCUCCGCCGCCGAGGAGGACCGCCCGGAUGCGGAGAGUGGCACCACGCCGCCAGGGGGGGUCGUGGUGGCGGGGCUUGGCCGGGACGCGCUGGCUCACAAAGCGGCCUUGGAACUCAGCCUAGACGCGGGCCUCGAGCGGAACAAAGCCCCCGACCCGGCUGCACCUGACCGCGGCGACAGCCGAGGCCUGACGUGUGCGCCUUCCAGGCCGCAUAGCCCCGCGCCAGCUGCUGGAUGCGAGUUCGGUGCGGGUCUGCGGCCUCAGCUGCUUGUUUUCUCGGACCUUGUACGGAAUAGGGACGGGAUAUUAGAACUGAACCAGCAAAGGACUCAUUUGGGAUUGGAAAUGCAAAGCCCGGGGGCCAGUUGCUCCGAGCCCGCGUCGGGUAACAGCGCUCAGACGCCUGAAGAAGCCCAGCAACAGCAGAAUCAACUGGACAGGACCUGGGGGGCGUGUCGUCCGGUCCAGGGGUCAACAGAGCAGCAAGGAUCUGCAGUAGUGUGCCACAAACGCCGCCACCUAGCGGGCUCACCCGAGUGGCCCUCUUCGUCCGGGGGGUCCACCCCACUGGCUGUCAUCGACCCCGGAUGGACGUGCCCGAGCCGGGACCGAGAAGGAGCCGUGUUAGAGCUGGCCCGGAGAUUUGGCGAGCUGGGUGUGGGCGCGGUACCAAAGAUGCUCCUCAAAGCGGGCGAGCUCCCUCAGUGUGCGUGUCAGGGGGCUCACGCCCCGGGCGAGGAGCACGCCGAUGACCCGGCCGUCACCAGUGACGCCCUGCUGGUUCUGGAAGGCCUCGGCAGCGACGACGUGGCCGGCCUGGGCCUGCAAGACGACCGGGAGAGGCACCGGCACUUUCUAGUCAGCACCAAACCGGUACUCCGAGACAAAACGUGCGAUGAAGUCAGCGUCAAAGGGUCCAGAGCAACCGAACCGGUUUCGCAGACCUCCUCUCGGGCCUGCAGCCAAGCGUCCACUCCCCGCAGAAGGCCCGGGAGGUGCGCCAGCGCCCCGCGGACACCUGAUGGGGACGCCGGGACGACAAGUGGUACCCCUAAGUCCAGGAAGGGUUCGCUGAGGAUUCGCCUGAGCAGGUUGUUCCGUACCAAGAGCUGCAGCGGCUCAUCGCACCUUCUGGACCAGGACCGCAGGACCACCGCCGGUGGGCUGACGGACACGAGCGCGCCUGGACCUGCGUUGGACUCGGACAGCCUGGAGCGCGAGGCCAACAGGCUGAGCCGGGCCCACAGUGCCUUCUCCCCCACCGCCCUCGCUGCCUUCACUGGUGAGACGGUGUCUCUGGUGGAUGUGGACAUCUCUCGGCGAGGGACUGCCAAUACGCCUCACCCCCCAACGCCGCCGCCUCCACCGCGACGAAGUCUCAGCCUUUUAGACGGCUUCACGGGUCCCCAGUCGGGCGGCUUCCUGUUGAGUGUGAUGGGUGCGUCCCUGCAGUCCCUCCCCUUGCCACUCCCCCCUCCUGUUCCUCCCUCGCACGCCACCAUGCAGCACAGCCUCAGCCUCAACGACGCUUUCCUGAGGGCGCUUCCUCAUUCCAACCCAUCCCCGGCCGAUGCGCCGCCUGUUUCUAGGCAGGCCCCGCCGCCCGUGCUCUGUGCCCUCCGAAGGUCCGAAGCCAGUAACUUCACUGCCAGCCUCCGAGAGUUGGAGAAGUGUGGCUGGUACUGGGGUCCGAUGAACUGGGAGGAUGCGGAGAUGAAGCUGAAGGGCAAACCCGAUGGAUCUUUCCUGGUUCGAGAUAGCUCCGACCCGAGAUACAUCCUCAGCCUCAGUUUCCGCUCGCAGGGCAUCACGCAUCACACGCGCAUGGAGCACUACCGCGGCACAUUCAGUUUAUGGUGUCACCCCAAAUUUGAGGAUCGUUGCCACUCGGUGGUGGAGUUCAUCGAGCGUGCCAUCAUGCACUCAAAGAAUGGAAAGUUCCUCUACUUCCUGCGCUCCAGAGUACCAGGACUUCCUCCGACGCCGGUGCAACUUCUGUAUCCCGUGUCUCGCUUCAGCAACGUCAAGUCUCUGCAGCACCUCUGCAGAUUCUGUAUACGGCAAAUCGUGCGCAUUGAUCACAUCCAACAACUUCCACUGCCCAGGUCACUGGUGUCGUACCUCAGUAAGUUUUAUUACUACGACCCGGAGGAGGAGAUGUACCUCUCAAUCAAAAGCAUCCGAGCGGCGCUGGAAGCACACACGUAGCACAAACAACAACGGCACGCUGUUGCAUGGAAUCCCAAAUGGAGUGAACGUUCGCUGAAAGGAAAAGCUGCUCCUGUGCCAGCUCCUCUUGUUCAUCUCCUCAUGUGGACUGUUUUUCAGCAUGAAGGAGAAUUUUGCUGGUUUCACUCUUCAAAGUUCUGCUUGGAGACCAAACAGCAGCAAACAGACAAAGUUUCUUUUUUUGUUUGUUUUUUUGGUUGUUUGUUUGGACCACUCCUCGUUUUUCUCUCCUGCCUUCUAGUUCUCUUUCUCUCUUUCUGUCCAGUGAGAUGAUGGUUGCUUCAAGAUGCUCUCAGUGCAGACACACACACACAAACGACAUCAGUUAUACACAAACAUUUUCAUUUUGUGCUUUAAUUUGUUGACUCCCCUGUAUAAGGAGACCUUCAAAAUUUACUCAGUGGCACCAUUGGAAAGAUAGAUAAAUGCAGCCCCUACUUAAAUGACCCAUCACGGAGGGGGCACGGAUAGGGUUUUGCAAAGGCUGGUUGGCUUUGGGAGUUCUAGUGUUGGCCAAGCGCACCUUUCCCAUCAUGCUUUGCUACAACAAUGUGUGUGUGCGUGUCUGCCGGAGUCGUCUACAUGUGUUGAAACGUGUUUGUUCGUUGUGUUUCUCACAAGAUGGUUGUUCUUUUCUAAGUCAACAUAAAAGCUAAAAAUGUGAACUUGUGUCGUCUGCUUUUUGAUGGUUUUGCACCCAUAUGAGGAAAAAUGCCUCUUUUUAAUCAAUGACGUGACACCAGACUUGGAGGAAAAAGUGUCAUACAAGCAGUAUAGCCCAUUGUCACCGGGCAUACUACUUGUGCUGGGUUCUUGUGGCUGAGGUUUGUUAAAUGGACACAUAAUAAACCUUGAAAUCGGGUUCAUCAUGAUUUCUGGCCGUCAAUUCAGUGGUGUCACAUUAACCUCCUUGGGCUGCAAGUUUAAUUUAUUCCCCUGAAAAAUGAUUGAAGUUUUUUAAAAUGAGUCUCAAUGUCAAAAUGCAGAUUCAGGGCUCCAGACUUAUAUUUUUUACUAUGAGCACAGUGGCCCCUUACUGACAAUUUUUGGGGCGCAAGCAGAAAAUUCAGGGGCGCACAUCAACAAGUUUUCCUCUAAUUUCCACUGUUUAACCGAUAAAUACUUUCAUAAUAAAUGCAUAAAACUACAAACUUAUGAAUCUAUAUUUCAUUCUCUCGGUUUUGACAUCAACCAGUAUACUGCUUAAAAAUUAGGUCAAGAUGGGAAUUUUGUUCUAGAGUGGUAUGAAAAAGUAUCUGAACCUUUUGGAAUUACUCACAUUUAUGAAUAAAAUCACCAUCAAAUGUAAUCUGAUCUUUGUCAAAAUCACACAGAUCUAAAAACUCAUUUAACUAAAACCACCCAAACAUUCCAAGAUUUUCAUAUUUUAAUGAGGAUAGCAUGCAAACAAUGACAGAAGGGGGAAAAUAAGUAAGUGAAUCCUCUGCCUAAGGAGACUUAAAGAGCAAUUGAAACCAAUUUUUAGCCAACAAUUUAAGUAAGGUGUGCCCAAUGACUGAUGAAUGGUUUAAAGCUACCCUGCACACUAUAAAACACACCUGGUAAUCAUUGUCUUGAUGAGAGGGAUUGUCUGAUGUGCAUCAUGGCUCGAAGACCUGCGAUCAAGGAUUGUUGAUUUGUAUAAAGCUGGGAAAGGGUACAAAACCAUCUCUACAAGUCUGGAUGUUAAUCAAUCGACAGUCAGAGAAGCUGUCUACAAAUGGAGGGUUUGGCACUGUUGCUUCUCUCCCAAGGAGUGGCCAUCCACCAAAGAUGAGGCCAAGAGUUCAGCACAGAAUACUCAGGGAGGUAAAAAAAGAACCCAAGACUUACAGAAAUCACUGGCACAGUCCAACGUCUCUGUGCACACAUUAAUUAUAUGUAAAACUAUGGCCAAGAUUGGUGUUCAUGUGAGGACUACACGGAGGAAGCCAAUGCUGUCUGAAAAAAACAUUGUUGCUCGUUUAAUGUUCGCAAAAAGGCACUUGGACACUCCACAAAGGUUUUGGCAAAAUGUUUUGUGGUCUGAUGAAACCAAAGUGUAAUUGUUUGGGAGUAAGACACAAUGUCAUGUGUGGAAGAAAAAUGGAACAGCUCACCAACAUCAACACCUCAUCCCCACUGUGAAGCAUGGUGGAGGGAGCAUCAUGAUUAUGGGCUGUUUUGCUGCCUCAGGGCCUGGACAACUUGCAAUCAUGAAAGGAAGAAUGAAUUCAAAGGUUUAUCAGUAUGUUUUGCAGGACAACCUGAGGCCGUCUGUCAGACAGUUGUAGCUAAAAACAGGAUGGAUGCUGCAACAAGACAAUGAUCCAAAACACAGAAGUAAAUCAACUUCAGAAUGGUUUCAGAAGAACAAAAUACAUGUUCUGGUGUGGCCAAGUCAAAGUCCUGACUUGAACCCCAUCGAGAUGCUGUGGCAUGACCUAAAGACAGCGAUUCAUGCCAGACAUCCCAGGAACCUGACUGAGCUACAGCUUUUUGAAGAGAAGACUGGGCCAAGAUUAGCUUUGAUCCAUGUCCCAGAUUGAUCUGCAGCUACAGGAAGCUUCUGGUUG